AUGGAGUUAAACAGUGUCAGGGACAAUAUGUUAACUUACUAUAAAACAAUAACAUCUCUAUCGCCUUGCCUAUUGAUGAAGUACAAUACAGGCAUUGAUCAGAAGAAACAUGAGCGUAGCAAUGAGGGUGAUUGUGCAUAUAGUUCUGUUUACAGCUGUUUUAAUAGUUCCAGAUGGAAUAUACAAGAAGGAAGUUUCUGGGAUUGUUUGACAGUGAAGAUUAUAAGCCCGGAUGUGUACACAUUUAUCGCUAGAGAUGCAGUAAAAGCUGGUGGACUUUGUAAUGCUUGUUUUGAAGCCAAUGAAGAAAAUGCCGUUUUUCUCGUAGCUAGAGCAUAUGGGGCUACAGAUAUUGUCUCCAAUUAUGUAUUAAGUGUUUUUCAAAUACAGAAUAAUACCCUGGGUCAAAACAAUGUUGCAGUACAUAAUAACACCCUGGGUCUAAACAAUGGUGCAGUACAAAAUAACAUCCUGGGUCUAAACAAUGGUGCAGUACAGAAUAACACACUGGGUCUAAACAAUGGUGUAGUACAGAAUACAACCCUUGGUCUAAACAAUGAUGCAGUACAGAAUAACACCCUUGGUCAAAACAAUUAUGCAGUACACAAUUACACCCUGGGUCUAAACAAUGGUGCAGUACAAAAUAACACACUGGGUCAAAACAAUGGUGCAUUACAGAAUAAAACCCUGGGUCUAAACAAUGGUGCAGUACAGAAUAACACCCUGGGUCUAAACAAUGGUGCAAUACAGAAUAACACACUGGUUCUAAGCAAUCGUGUAAUACAGAAUAACACCCUGGGUCUAAAUAAUGGUGCAGUACAGAAUAACACCAUGGGUCUUAACAAUGGUGCAUUACAGAAUAACACCAUGGGUCUAAAUAAUGGUGCAGUACGGAAUAACACCAUGGGUCUAAAUAAUGGUGCAGUACAGAAUAACACCUUGGGUCUAAACAAUGGUGCAUUACAGAAUAACACCCUUAAUCUAAACAAUGUAGCAGUACAGAAUUACACCCUGGGUCUAAACAAUGGUGCAUUACAGAAUAACACCCUUAAUCUAAACAAUGUAGCAGUACAGAAUUACACACUGGGUCUAAGCAAUGGUGUAAUACAGAAUAACACCCUGGGUCUAAAUAAUGGUGCAAUACAGAAUAACACCCUGGGUCAAAACAAUGUUGCAGUACAGAGUAACACCCUGGGUCAAAACAAUGUUGCAGUACAGAAUAACACACUGGGUCUAAACAAUGGAAAAGUACAGAAUAAAACCCUGGGUCUAAACAAUUGUGUAGUACAGAAUAACACCAUGGGUCUAAAUAAUGGUGCAGUACAGAAUAACACCCUGGGUCUAAACAAUGUUGCAGUACAGAAUAACACCAUGGGUCUAAACAAUGUUGCAGUACAUAAUAACACCCUGGGUCUAAACAAUGUAGCAGUACAGAUUAACACCAUGACUCUAAACAAUGGUGCAGUACAGAAUAAAACCCUGGGUCUAAACAAUAGUGCAGCACAGAAUAACACACUGGGUCUAAACAAUGGAACAGUACAGAAUAACACCCUGGGUCUAAACAAUGUUGCAGUACAGAAAAACACCCUCGGUCUAAACAGUGUUGCAGUACAGAAUAACCAUCGGUUUAAACAAUGGUGCAUUACAGAAUAA